AGAGCUUCUCGAGGAUCGAAGAUGACGGUGCGAAAUCUUCCAUUCUGGGUUUCAGCAUGGCUUUUUAUUUCGGGUAUUAUUUGCACAAUUGAUGCUUUGUUUGUCAUUCUGCGUCCUCAUACCCUACCAGGAGGAAAAUGGAACCACAUCGUACAGCCUUGUAAGCAUAAAUCGCAUGUUUGCUAAUGUCACGCACAAUCUUUACCUCCAAGUUGAUUUAAGAUACUCAGAUCUCACGGACACAUUUGUCAAGGGAAUAAGCUUGAUGAAUCUGGUAGAGGUGUUUCUCAACUAUGUUGUUUUAGCCAUACACAUCAGUGGGAAAUCAGGACUCUCAGUCCUGCUUGCCUUCAUGGUUAGCACAAUGACAUUUUCCAAGACAGUGUUGUAUUUCCUGGUGUCUACUUCACUGUGUAAUGGGGAACACUUUGUGAACCAUUCGGAUUGGAGGAAAACAGUAUUGUUGUACAUCAUUCCAAAUGGCUUCUGGAUUGUCAUUCCUUUCUUUUGCAUGGUGGCCACAGGAAGUAUAUUAGUACACAGCAUGGAAAGUGGUCAACUCCCCAAAGAGAAGAAGAAAUCUCAGUAACCUUUGACACCCAGACAUCAGAAUCCAUAUUCUACUGAGCAGACUAAGAUAGUUUACUUAUUUUUUAUAUCAGAAAUCAUUUUAUUUAUUCUCAUGAUCUUAACCCCUUAACUCCCAAGAUCUCAUUGGUAAUUCUCCUCACUGUCUGCCAAACAAUUCUCAUCAUGUUAGU